AUGUCGUCCACUCAGAAGACUGCCAGGUGGAUGAUUACGCCCAAUCUGGGCCUGGACGGACUGCAGGAUGAAGUCGACGUUCCAGUCCCGCAGCUGACAGGUCGUCAAUGCCUCGUCCGCAUCAAUGCAGUAUCUCUAAACUAUCGAGAUAUCGCUAUGGCAACGGGGAGAUACCCUUUACCCACCAGCAAGUCCUUUGUCCCGGGUCUGCACGCUGUUCAUAAAGACCAUCAAGACGGUAUCAUCACGCCUGAGAUUCGACAGAGUACCCUUGGCAGCCAACGGUAUGGUGUGCUGCAAAAAUUGGCCGUCUUUGAGGAGACCGGGUUAGUCGCGUUACCCAAGAAUCUCUCGUACAUCGAAGGUGCAUGCUUGUCUUGUGCGGCCGUGACGGCGUGGAAUUGUCUGUUUGGCCUGGAAUCCCGAGCCCUGCGGUCUGGCGAACUAGUCCUCACCCAAGGCACCGGCGGGGUGUCCUUGUUUGCCAUCCAAUUCGCACUGGCCGUUGGAGCGGUCGUCAUUGCGACCACGUCGAGCCGGGACAAAGAACUCCGGUUGGAGGCACUAGGAGUUCAGCAUGUCAUCAACUACAAGUCGAAUCCUGACUGA